AUGGAAACAGGCGUGAACGUUCCCAAAACUCGCCGGACGUACUGCAAGUCCAAGGAGUGCCGCAAGCACACCCAGCACAAGGUCACCCAGUACAAGGCUGGCAAGGCCUCCCUGUUCGCCCAGGGUAAGCGUCGUUACGACCGCAAGCAGAGCGGUUACGGUGGUCAGACCAAGCCCGUCUUCCACAAGAAGGCUAAGACCACCAAGAAGAUCGUCCUGCGUCUUGAGUGCACUGCCUGCAAGACCAAGAAGCAGCUCGCUCUGAAGCGUUGCAAGCACUUCGAGUUGGGUGGUGACAAGAAGACCAAGGGUGCUGCUCUUGUUUUCUAA